CAAGGAGAGUGAUAUCUACACGCUCUGCAUGCUGCCUUACUUAUCUCACCUGCUGCAGCUACUUAACGUUGGCUGCUUCUUGCUGUUAAAGCGCGCGUACAGCUGUAAGGUUGAAUGCCUAAUCUGCUACUACAUCAACCACAUCACCAAGCUUGAGUUUCUGCCAGCGUUUAAGGUAGUGUUUAGUUAAUUGUUCACCUCAGCUAAUAUCUGCUCAGCCUUUCAAGGCGCAGGCCUUGUGCCUCUCCAACUAG